GGUCAAUAACACCAACUGUCAUAUGGGCUAAGAAAAACGUAUUUUAAGGUAGAAAAUGUCUUGUUUCGUUCCCGAUUGCAAUAAUUCUUUGGGUAUGCCGUUUCCGGAAAAUCCAGGAACUAAGCGGAAAUGGUUGGAGAGUUUGGGAACGGAAGGAGUUGAGCCUAACGAAAAAAGCUUUGUGUGUUUGGACCAUUUUAGGCCAAGUGACAUUAUUGAACAAUCGAAUUUUGAUGGAUUAGAAACGGAUUUGAAUCCGGAAAGCGUGCGAAACUUGGUAGUUCUAAGAAAAGGUGCAAUUCCUUUCAUGGAGGAAGAAGAGAUUAAUUGGGACUCAGACGAAAACCUGAAAGCAUGCAGAGUUUGUGGCUGUAACGAAAAUUUGGAACGAAAUAUUUUUGAGAAAACCGAAAAUGGGACUACUGUGAUGUCGAUGAUUAUGUUGUGUUCAUACCCGAUUGUUAUCACAAAAAUGGAUAAUUUACCCAAAUUUAUUUGCACAAAUUGUAUGAAAUUGCUCCAAAAAGCGUUUAAAUUCCGCUUAAAGUGUUUAAAAACCAACAAAAUGUUUAAAGAGAAGUUAAAAAAUCAAGGCACGAAAAAAAUUCGCCUCGAAAUUCCAAAAACAACACCCUCCAACGAAGAAUUAAUCACAAUCCUAAAAGGAGACGACGAAGAAAACGAAAUGAAAACGUGUCAAAAUAAAUCUCCGCUAAAUAACGAUUCGAAAAUUGGCGAAUUUUCUUAUUCGUACGUAAAAGGUCCUUUAAAUAGCGAUUAUAUCAUCUCGAAUGGGUAUUUAUUCAUCUUGGGGUUAGUUAAAAACAAUAAUGUUCGAUACUUAAGGUGUAUUAGCCCUAAUUGUAAAAGCCGAGCGAAAGAAUUUAUCGCAACUUCCCAAUUAAAUCUAGAAAUCGGUCAUAAUCAUAAAAAACCGAGCGAGGAGACUCGAAAAAAGCACAUGUUUUUUCACGUAAUGAGGAAAAAAAUGCAAUUAGAUAAAAAUUUAAACAUCCGAUUAAUGUAUGAGGAAAUAUCCGAACAAGAUCCAGACAUAAAAAAAUUAAUUCCGUUAAGAAACGUGAUCAACGAAAUUUGCAAACACCAAAACCCCGAGAAAAUCCCGAAAAUUUCUAGUUUUGAACAACUUUUUGAAAGAAUCGAAGAUGGGGCGUUCGAACGAUUACAUUUUACUAAUGACAAUAAACAAUUUUACCAAGAAAAAUUUUCCACGGAAAAUGGUGCUUACGCAAUAAUUUUUUCAAACAUAAAUAAAGACGUAAAAAGUGAUUUAAUGUACGUCGAUGGCUCCUUUCAGAUAAAUAAUACAGAAUCGUUCGAGUACCACUUAAUAACAGUUUUAAUUUGGCUCGACGAAAGUUAUUACCCGAUUUUAUUCGCCUUAGUUAAUAAAAAGAAUCAAGAAAUUUUCGCGAAAAUAUUUAAACAUCUCCGCGAUGAUUUAGCCCCAAAUCUAAAACCUUACGAAAUCGUAACCGAUUACGAAUCCUCUUUAUAUUACGCUUUAGGCGAAAUCUAUUUAGACUCCCACAUCGGAGGCUCAUUUUAUUAUUACACCCAAAACAUUUACAAAAAAAUAUGUUCAUUAAAUUUAUCAAAAAAUUUAGAAACAAAUUCGAAUUUCCGCAACAUUUACCACAUGUUAUUAAUGUUACCUUUACUUCCAGUUAAUACAAUCGAAGAUGCGUUAAACACGAUCAAAACUCAAUCAAACGAUUUAGAUUUAAACAAAAUAACCGAACCAAUUUUCGAGUACAUCAACGAAAUUUGGAUCAAAACCGUCACGCCGCAAUUAUUUUGCGUGCAUCAUUUAGAAAAUCGUAUCAGCGAAAACGUAAUAGCACCCUUUAAAAAGUUACGAGACUAUUUGUUACUAUUCAAAGGAAAAACCCCGCAAAAUAGCGUCAAAAUAGUGAGUUUAAUCGAAAAGUUAAUCGAAUUAGAAUCGUUUUUGCGCGAUGUUUACACGAAAGGGGAUAAAAAAUCGUUUAGUAAGGAUUUAACAUCGUUUCAAAAAAGAAACGUCAUCAGGGCUUGGUUACACAUUGAAACAUACCCCAAGAUUAACAUAAAUAGUUUUUUUCAAAAAGUUCUUGGGUAUAUUAAAUGCAUGGAAAAUCAAUUAUGGAUAUGGGGGUUUUAUGGGUAUUCCGGUACCACGGAUGAUGUUUUGAUAUCUUCGGGGAAUUUUGAUGUUUUAUUCGAUGAUGAUAAUUUUAACGAGGGAGAGAUUAAGAUUAAUCAAGAAAUUAACGACGUGAUUAAUCCGGAACAUGUCGAUACGAUCGUUAUGGAAGCUGUAAUUGAUAAUAACGGAGGUGUUGUGCUCCAAGGGAAAGAUUUGGAAGAAAAUAAUAAAGAGUUGGAGAAUACUUUGUUGAAUUAUGUUGAUAAGGAGUCUAUUAUAAUUCAAUACGAUGUUUAAAAAUAGAAUUUUUUUAUUACAUA